GAUUGAUACUUCCUGUCUUCAUCCGUGUAGCACAGGCCUAACAAUGGCGUCCUGUAGUGUGACGUCUGCCACAGCCUUAGGAGAGGGACAGACACCGUCCCAGAAGAGAGAAGAGAGACUACUGAAAUUCAGAGACUUACAUUUGAAACGGAAUGAAGCCCGUAAGCUCAACCACCAGGAGGUUGUGGAGGAAGACAAGAGGCUGAAGCUCCCUGCCAACUGGGAGGCUAAGAAAGCCAGACUGGAGUGGGAGGUUGCUGAAGACGCAAAGAAAAAGGAAUGUGCUGACAAAGGAGAGGACUAUCACAGAGUGAAACUGCUUGAAAUCACAGCUGAUGAUGCAGAGCGCUUUGAGAGGAAGAAGAAGAAGAAGAACCCGGACCAAGGCUUUGCAGGUUAUGCCGAGGCCCAGUUCCGACAGUACCAGAGGCUCACCAAGCAGAUCCGACCUGACUUUGAAGGCUACGAGAAGCAGAGGGAGGAAUGCGGUGUGGACUUCCACCCCACGUCCAACAGCCUGAUCCACGGCACCCACGUCCCCUCAAAGGAUGGCAUUGACCGCAUGGUGGAUGAUGUUGAGAAACAGAUCGAGAAGCGGGCCAAGUACAGCAGACGCAGGGCCUACAACGACGACGCGGACAUCGACUACAUCAACGAGAGGAACGCCAAGUUCAACAAGAAGGCGGAGCGCUUCUACGGCAAAUACACAGCGGAGAUCAAACAAAACCUGGAGAGAGGCACAGCCGUCUAGAAGCUUCUGCAGCCAUAGUCUGGAGGCUUGGGUGCAUUUGUUUUUCAUGUAUUACAAGCCAACAAUACUCGUUGUUAUAUCAUUGCUAGAGCUGAGAAAGAAUGAAUGUGAUGUGUGGUGGUCCUUUGUAUGGUAUGGAGGUGAAAACAGCUGUUAUGAUUAAUCUUUUUAUUUUUAAAUAAACCACUGACAACUUA